UGCCCCUGACAUCUGCAAAAGGAAACUGAUGAGGGCUCUCAGGGUUGCCCCUUGAGUUCCCAGAUGUCCCCCUCGCUACAGAAUGCCUCGGCUUCUCUCCAGCUCACGGCCACCCCAAGGCACAGCCAGGCUCAGGGCAGCCCCCUCUGGGCAGUGACGAGGAGAUCCUCUACAUCCUUAGGCGGCUCAGAGGACUACGCAACUACUAUGUCUGCCUGGGGCGGGCCAAGGACUCUGUUUGAGAAGGUCACCUUGGAGACAGGCCGCGGAGUCCAGGGGGAGUGCGCGGGCAUUCGCGGGCAGAGGGAAGCCUGGGAGACGGGAGCCUCGCCCCGCGCUGGUCCCGGCAGCGGAAGAGUCCGUGGUCCGGGAGGGCCCCCGCCGAGUCGCGUCUGCGUCUCCAGCACUGCCUUAGAAAUAAGAAAAAAGUGGCCCCAGUUUUUGGAACUGGAAGCAGGUCCUGGCCUUUUGUUUCCUGCCCGCCUGUGUGUCUCGGCUUUACAGUGUUGCCCAGUGCAGAGCUGGCCAGCCGGUCCGAUCGUGGAGCAGCAUGAGUUCUGAGCAGUCUGCCUGAGGUCUGGCGACACCGGCGGCCUCAGCCCCUCUGGACCUCCAGGUCCCAAUUCUGGCCUGCGGGGCAGCUUUGGAAACAGGUUAUGAUGAUGUCAGACAUUGCUAAAGACAGAACGGCUCAUUUACUGAAGAAGAGGGGCAGUGUGUCUUCUUUAAGUAGUCAUGAGUUCCAGCGGAAAGAGCCUCGUGGGCGCACCAAAGACUCUCUGAGUACAGUGUCUUAUAUGCAUGAACCUAGCCAACAUGAAGAUGCCUCUCACCUCGCAGUUCAGAUGGAAAACACCUACCAACUGGGUCCUACCAAACAUUUUCCUGUUGUCAUUGUCAAUCAUAUUCUGAAAGAUGUGUUAACUAACUACCUACAAGAAGAAAAAUAUGAACCAGAGCUCUGUAGACAGAUGACUAAAACGCUUUCUGAGAUUAUUAAAGCCCAGAUCAAGGACUUGAUGAUUCCACGAUAUAAGCUAAUUGUGAUGGUUCACAUUGGACAACUGACUGGCCAGAGCAUACUGAUUGGAAGCAGAUGCCUCUGGGAUCCUAAAAAUGAUACCUUUGCAUCUUACAUUUUCAGAAAUUCUUCUCUGUUUGCUCUUGCAAAUGUCUACACAGUUUACUUUGAGUGACUGAAAACAAGAAAUCUAGUUCAUACUUUUUACAUCAAGAAAUAGGCUGUAUCUUUGUACACAAGUUUCACUGCCCAGACGUUUGAGAAAGACACAACACUAAUAUUUCAAACAAUUAGAAGUUUGGGGACUUUUUCAUACUCUUGUAAGUAUGAAAGAGUAUACUUACUCUUUGGGGGAGAGAAGGUGGCACAAGAAAGAAUCUUGUUUAUCCAAAGAAGGAACUAAGUCUUGGUUCUGCUGGAUUGUUUUUUCAUAGACAUAGAUUCUUAUUAAAUAUUGCCUUGGGUACUAAUUAUUUUAAUUACACUUUAAUUAGAGAGUUAGAAUUCCCUGCAUUAUUUUUUUAAUGAAGAGAAGUCUUAAAAAAUAUGGCUAUAUACCCUGACCAAUAAAUGACGGUAGCAUAUUCAAUGUGGUAUACACAAAUGAUCAAUGGUACUCUGUCUCAGUGCUGUGUAUAAAAGAAUACUGGUUUUCAUUUUGUAUUUAAUAAGUUAAGCAGCAUUCAUUAACUGCAAUUAUUGUUAUAUGUACCUGACAGUUGAAACUGCUAAUGUAGAAUUAAUGAUUUCAUAACAAUUAUCGUAGUCCCACAGGACUGCUAGCUAAAACUAGAAGCUCUUGUGGGUUGCCUGCACUUUACAAAAUUGUGGGAGAACCAAAUAUUAGCUCUUCAAUAAUGGAAGCAACAAAAUAAAAAUAGGCUUUUUAGGGCACUGAAGUAGAGGUUGUGAUAUUAAAUAUACAUGAUGCUUAAUAGUAAGUGUAUCUUUAACAUAAAAUCAUGUAUUGCAAAGAGACACUGCUUUUAAAUAUACACUGCCUGAUACACCUUUCAAUAGGUUUCCUAGGCUAACAGACUUUUACACAAAAUAUAUAGCUGGCAGCUUAACAGAUAAAACGUGUAUUUACUAUUUUGUUCCUAUGAAUUUAAUACUAAAGUGACCCAGUGUGGUUUUGAAUGGAUGGCACUAAAAUUUACAGGGCUGCAAUAGCUUAUUAUUCUGUGGGUUAAUGUAGCUUAUAACAUGGAUCAUUUAUUUUUAUGGAGCCUUCAGCCCUUUGUGUGCAUGUAAAAUGGUGCUGUGACAUUGUUCUUGGAUGGUAAGUGGUCUGCCUAGAGGACAUUUGUUAAAGGUCAAAGAUGAAGUGUACACAUAUGGAGAAAAUUAGCAACUCUAUAGUCCUAAGGAAAAAAUGAUGUGUAAUUCAUAUCAAAACGAAUUUAACAAAUAGGAAAAUAGUGCUUUAUAAUCAUGUACUGAUGUCUUAUUUUUCCCUCAAGAUGACGUGUAUUUUUUUUUUAAGUAUACUUUUUAAAUCCCUUUUCUUCUCUUUGUUCUGGCUUUUAAGGUAGCGUUUCAAAAUGAAUUAGUCAAUUUUCAUUGUUUUUUUUGUUAGUGCCUUAGUGGGAAUAUGUCUGUGUAAUAAUUUAUCACAACCAAGAUUUGUCGAUCUUCAUAGCCAGUGUUGAAUCUGGAUUAGAUCAUAAGUACAGUACAUAAAUGAGUUUUAUAUAUUCACUAUACAUUUAUGAACAUCUCUCCUCUUAGAACAAUAGCAGGAGAAAUCAUAUAGCAAUUUUGCAUGAAUAAAUCAGUAGGAAGGAAAUUUUUUUAGUAUGUAGAAAGUCCAUUAUAAAAAUGUCCUUAUUUUUUAGAGUUAUAAAAUCUCAACCAUGAGAUAGUUUCUUACCAUCUGUCUUAGGCUGUAUAAGGAUUCAAAACCUUACAAUACGAUGGCAGUUAAAAAUCAGAAAAAGGAAGCGGUUUGCCAGCAUAUUGCUGUGUACUGUAGUUCAGGUAGUCAAUGAUGAAUUCUAGCAAUUAUAUAACAGCAUAAAAAUAUAUAGUAAAAACUUACUAAUUGUAAAUAACUUGGAGGAAUGCUGAUUAUUUAAAAAAAGCUUUGUGAUGGGAAAUUUUGAUAGAUAAGCUAACACCUAUUCCAACCAAUAAAUAUAUCAAAUUAACAUGCUAUAUACCUUAAAAUUAUACAAUUUUCUGUCAAUUAUAUCUCAAUUUUAAAAUAAACAUUUUUAAAAAAAGA